UUUGAUAUUGAUUCCAACAGGAUGGAAGGAGUCAGAUAUGUAUUUUCCCUGUUAGAAAACCAGAAGAUGAAAGCAAUCGAAUGAAUUUCGUCGUCUUCUCUCUUGCUGCUUUGCUUCGAAAAACUCGUCUAUAGAAAUUCUCAGUAUUUUCCUCUCUCCAUACCAAACACUUGCAGAAAGCAAGCACAUAGAUAUCCCAUCGUGUUAUAGGCAACAGGAUGUUGGAAUGGGGAGGGCGGAGACUUCAGACCCUAUGCUUCAGACAGAGGAAAGGUCCGCCAUCAAAACGAUUUGUGUUAAAUACAAAGUAUCAAAGUGUUUAACCAGUAAAGGGCUUAUUUUUGAGAGGCAAUGGAGAUGAUGAUCUCCAAUGGUGUGGACUAUAGGUGAAGAGGAACUAGCCUUCAUAGGGGACUAAGAGAGCUACAUCAUAAUUACAGAGGAACCUAUGGACUCUACCAUGUUGAUCUGGAGGAUGCUUCAUAUGUAUGUGGUACUACAGGGGGCUGUUAGGUCCUGUUAUGCCCACAGCCUUUUUACCUGUGAACCUAGUAGGGUGCAGUGGUGCCAUGGCAUGCCGUACAACAUGACUUUCUUCCCCAACAUGUUGGGACACUAUGACCAAGACAUUGCAGCAGUGGCAAUGAAGCAAUUCAUGCCCCUUGCCAACCUCCAGUGCUCCCCAGAUGCUCAUCUCUUCUUGUGUCAGGCAUUUGUCCCUGAAUGUAAUGAGCCCACAGUGGUGUUGUCACCAUGUCGGGAGCUGUGUGAGAGAGUCCACUCAGACUGUAAAAUGGACAUGCAGGUCUUCGGUUUGAGCUGGCCCCCUGAACUACAGUGUGACAGGUUGAAUUACUGUCAGAACUCACUUGAUGGGUCUAUAGCGUCCCCCACAAAGCACGUGACCACACCCAAGAGCUCACCCUCAUCAAAGCGGGACCUAGGUUUCUGGUGCCCAAUGCAGCUUAAGACUCAACCUGGACAAGGUUCUUCAUUCCUGGGAGCUCAAGAUUGUGCCCCUCCAUGUGAAAAUAUGUACUUAAAGCCACAUGAAAUUAAGUUUGCCAAGACAUUCAUCGGCGUGUGCUCCAUUGUUUGCUUGUGUGCCACGCUUUUCACAUUCCUCACUUUCCUCAUUGAUGUUAAACGUUUUCGCUACCCAGAGCGACCAAUAAUCUUUUAUGCAGUGUGUUACAGCUUUGUGUCACUCAUCUACUUUGUUGGUUUUUUGCUGGGCAACAGGGCUGCUUGUAAUCAGUCUCUCCACCCAGGAGGUGUGGGAACGGUUGUCCUUGGUGCUCAAGGCAAUAAGGCAUGCACACUGCUCUUCAUGCUGCUAUACUUCUUCUCCACAGCAGGGAUUGUGUGGUGGGUCAUUCUCACAAUCACCUGGUUUCUGGCAGCAGGGCCCAAGUGGAGCUGUGAAGCCAUUGAGAAGAAGGCUGUGUGGUUCCACUCAGUGGCAUGGGGCCUACCUGGAGCACUCACCAUCAUCCUUUUGGCCCUAGAUAAGGUGGAGGGGGACAGCAUCAGUGGUGUGUGCUUUGUGGGGCUCUAUGACCUUGUCACGCUGCGCUGGUUUGUACUUGCACCAUUGUGUGUGGGUGUUCUCACUGGCCUGGCUCUGCUGCUGGCUGGCAUUGUCUCUCUCAAUAAUGUGCGGCAGGUGAUCCAGCAUGAUGAGCAAAACCAAGAGAAGCUGAAAAAAUUUAUGAUACGCAUUGGAAUUUUUAGUGGCCUCUACCUACUGCCGUUGCUCACACUCUUAGGCUGUUAUCUUUAUGAGCAAGGCCGACGAGAAGCCUGGGAGCAUAGCUGGAUCAAUGACCGCUGCCGUGACUUCAGCAUUCCCUGUUCCCACAAGAGAACGGAGUUUGAUUGGCCUGACCUGUCCUUAUUUCUGAUCAAAUACCUGAUGACUCUGGUAGUGGGCAUAUCUGCUGUUUUCUGGGUCAGCAGUAAGAAGACUUGCUCAGAAUGGGCUAUCUUCUUUAAGCGGACACACAAGAAAGAUGCAAUCAACGAGAGUCGCCGAGUAUUGCAAGAGUCUUGUGAAUUCUUUUUGAAGCACAACAGCCGUGUGCAGCACAAGAAGAAGCACUACAUGCCUAACUCCCACAAACUUAAGGUCAUAUCAAAAUCCAUGGGCACCAGCACUGGUGAGCCAAUCCCUGCACCCACUGAUAACCAAGGUGAUGAUCUUCUCAUUACCCAAACUCUUGGGAACCACCAAGCCAGGAAUCAGACUGCAUUCUCAAGGACACAAAGUUCCUCUGAGAUGUCAGGAAAAGACCAGGUGGAGAGGCCUAUGUCUAGGAGAAGUGGUAAAGGCCCUGUUGGACAGGCUAUGGCUGCUCACUUAAGCUCAGAGAAGCAUAACAACACUGGAAGCUCAAGCAAAUUCAGCAGUCAGUCUGAGAACUUCCGAAAGAUUUCAGCAGGAAGUGUGAAACCGAGAGUAGAGUUUCCAGAAGAUAUGCAACCAUCUCUCCAUGGCAUUCUUCACAGUAGUAGCGAGAGCCCUUUGCCAAGAAGUCAGGAUCAAAGGAGCAGUUGUUCUACUCUUCCCAAAAUGCAGACCUGAACCCAACCUUCAACCCCGGAACCUGUACAAACCUCAACCCUAUGUGUAUUUGUAAGAGCCCCUCCAAAACUGCAGCUGCAUGAAAUGUCAACUGCUGGAAUUUUAAAUCAUUAUUGAUAUAUUGGAGCAUUAUUUGUCUUAGUCAAAUACCAAAAUUCAGCACUAGUAGCCUUCAGAACAAUGGGGACUUAUAUGGUGAUAAUUAUAGCUGUAGUCAAAGUUGUGAUGUAGCAGUUUUCUUCCUGCUGACCAUUUACAUGGCUAUGUGACGCCUGUAAAGCAGUGGUUCCUGAUGUAUGGGGCUGGGCCCCAAGGGUGUGGGGGUGGUGAUGGUGGUGGCCGAUAGAGGGCCGUGUGAUCGGGGUGAAAAAAUGUAACGAGAAGUCUUAAACAACUACUGGUCAAAUUAAACUACUGGUCUGGGGAGUGAUGGAGAAGUACUAGCGUUGCCACGCGUGUACUAAAUCUCACUCACUUUAUUUUACAUUACAGCUGCCUCUAUAAUUAUUGCCACUCCUGGUAAAGUUGAGUAAAAAGAUGUAUACAAUUAUCCUGAUUAAUUUUAGUAAACACACACACUCAAAACAAUGAGGGGGGAAAUGACCUGACUGAGACUGAGAUAAUCAUCACAGAAGUUUGAUUUUGUGCUCAGUAAAGGGGAAAAAGUUGGAGAAACAAACAGCCCAUCAGUAGGCAUGGGGUUGAUAUUGAGUUUAUUUGUAUUCAGUUCAUCAGUCAUCUUUCAAUGUAUGCCGAACCCGCCUUGAGUGUUUGUUACCAAAAUUUGAAGCUGUGUCACCUUAUUUUUUUAUAUCUUAGUGAAACAUUGUCAUGAUUUACUGCUUGAAGGUUCAUAGACACAAAUAACUUAAAAAACGUAUUUUUACUAAUUUUUACCAAGGGUUCCAAUAAUUGUGGAGGGCACUGUAUGGCAAUGCAUAGCAGCAGAGUAGCCUACUAGCCUAACCAAUGAUGAUGAGUUCAUAGCUAACUUUGUACUUAUACAUAAUGUUGGUUGGCCUAACGUUUAGCAGGAUAAAAGACAAAAGUUCAACAGAGAAAAUUGUAUUAAUUUAAAUAGUUUGGAUGCAGAAAUAAUGUUAAAGAAAAGCUAUGCAACAGCCGAUGGACAUGUUGGCUAUAUGAGCCUCUCCAUUGUGGUGCUGGGUGUGUGUGUGUGGGGUGGGGGGGUGGAAACCACUGCUGUAAUGCCUUAAAUAGACAAAAUAUUUUUCAUAUAGCGUAAUAUUUCUUGUGAGAGAGUAAUAGUUAAAUGAGCCUCAUUAGCUUUAAGGGACCGUGUUCUGGCCACCCUAAGAAUGGCCUGGAGAUGGGAAUCGCUUCAUCUAAAUAUGCCUUGAUUUAUUGAUGCUUAUCAUUUCAGCUUUCUUUGUAUACUUCCAAAGAGACACAAACAAUGGACAGUUUGUGAAGGAGUUAGGUAACUCUUAGAAAUUCUAUAAUUUCUGGUUCACUUUUGUAUUGGAAGGAUACGCCUUGAAGUCAAAAAUGGGUGGUCAGACUCUUGCUGCAAGUUUGGAAUGGCAGGGUUACACUGUGCCUUCAUUUGGAAACUCCUGAUGGUAAAUCAUAGAAUUUGUUUAGGGCAUUUCCCCUUUCAUCUGGCAAGUCUCUGACACAGUACAUGACAACAUUGUCUCAGUUUGCCACGAAAACAUGGGUUCAAGUCAUUUCAUGUAUGUUAUUGAUAAAUUUCAUCAUGACUGAUUAAUAGAAAUGUAUGUUGAUUUUUGAAAACAUGUUUUACUUUUAUAUAUAUUUUUGUGUAGUCACAUUUCUUAUUUCAAAAUGCUUUGUGCAACUAUUUUAAUCAUGCAAGCCUUUUAAGGACAUUUCUGUAGCCUGCUAGAUAACCUGACUACUACUCACGUAAUGGGCACUCAGAACCACUAACCGACUUUAGAAAUGGAUCAUUAUAUCAAGCAGGCCAGCACUUGUUUGUUUAGCUUCACUCCCACUGUUCUUUAUGUUUAAUGUAGUGUGUGUGUGUGUGUGUGUGUGUGUGGG